UGAAAAUCUAUUGAGGCUUAACUUCGUGUGGUCAAGAUUUGCUGUAUAUUAGUCAUCAAUAUGCGGCUUAUGAUGAUUAAUCAAGUGUUAUUGCUGUUGGGUCUCGCUGAAGUAGUGCUAGGGGCGUUGCCGCAUACAACAUGCAAACGGAGCUACGAAAAGAUCGGAGGAUUCGCCGAGGUUGACGAUGAUACAAGGGCUUUGAAUACUCUUCUAUUGAGUGAUACCAUGGCAACAAGUGACGUCAAUGAUGGUCAUAUUUUAGAUUGGGACGAAUGGGAAGCGUCUAUACACAGUCUUGCUUGUCGAUGCGCGGCCAAGACACGAGAACGAGGCUGGAAAGUUUUCGGGUUACAAAAUUUUGGCGAAUGCUGGAGUGGCCCUGGUGCCGAGCAACGCUACAACAUGCACGGCGCAGGAAGCCCAACCUACCAGUAUCUUAAACUGCCACUAAAGCCAUGUGACAAGACAUUGGAUCAAGAAUGUACGGGAGGAUUGAAUGUUAAUUAUAUUUAUCGCUUGAAAGGCGAACCAGAUAUCAACGGAGGGUACGCUUCGUGGUCUACUUGGUCAAAGUGUAGCAGUCCUUGUGGAGGAGGGAGUAAAAUGCGCAAGCGUUCCUGCACUAGUCCUAAACCAGAAGGAAAAGGACGCGAUUGCUCACAGCUUGGCCCUAAUACCCAGACUAUGUCGUGUAAUAUACAAUCCUGCCCUACGACAUGUAUGAAGGCACUAGACUUAGGUAUCAUUCUAGAUGGUUCUGGUAGCGUCAAACAAUCCAACUUCCAAAAAGCCCUCCAAUUCCUCUCAACCCUAGUAUCACACUUAAGAGUGUCCCCAAGUGGAACGCACGUGGGAAUGAUAACAUACAACAGCAUUCCAACACUGGAAUUCACUCCUGCAGAAACCCACUACCAUCACCUGACACCACUAAAGCAUCGUAUUGGAUUGGUAAGGUAUAGAGGAGGAUGGACAUUCACGGAUAAAGCCUUGUCAUUGGCUGGUCAGUCCUUAUUUACAACACAUGGUGGAGAUAGACGUGGUGUACCGAAUGUUCUUAUUGUGUUGACAGAUGGUAUGACGAGCUCAUCAAGUGUUCCAUAUCCUGAGGUUCUAAAGCCACUUCAGGCGAAGGGUGUGCGAAUAUUAGCAGUUGGUAUCGGUGUUGGGGUAAGGUAUAUAGAACUGCUACAGAUUGCAAUGGGAGACCCUCACUACGUCGUACAAGUGCCCAACUUUGAUGCCUUGAAGAACAAGAUCAAUACCAUUCUGGAUAAAACCUGUAAAGCCCAACCCCCAACAGCCCCAAGCCCUGAGUGCCUGAAGAAGGAACCCUUAGGAAUGUCUAACGGCGGCAUCCCGUCUGCAUCUAUCACGGCAUCCAGUCAACUAAGCAAGAACAAUGGACCUGAAUUAGCUCGCUUAAAUCUAAAACAAACGGGUGACAAAGCAGGCGGGUGGAGUGCCAAAUACAACGACCCCGAACAGUGGCUCCAAGUAGAUUUUGAAGAACCGGUCAAAAUUACAAAAAUUACUACUCAAGGGAGAGAGAAAGGCAAUCAAUAUAUGACGUCAUACUGGCUGUCGUACAGCGAGGAUGGGGAAUAUUUCGAAGCCUACAGGGUUAAAGAAAAGAUUGUGAUAUUCAAAGGAAACCACGACGGCACGAGUGAAAAUCCUCAGGAACUCAAGAAUCAAGUUUAUGCACGAUACGUGCGGAUUCAUCCCAAGGCAUGGAAGGGUCACAUCUCUUUGAGAGUUGAAUUCUAUGGAUGUAGGACAGGAUUCAUUACCCCUCCAGUCGUACCAUGCUUCAAGAGACUAGGCAUUGAAAAGGGAGAGAUCCUUGACUCCCAGAUCACAGCCUCCUCUCAGUACAGCAACCAAACCGGACCAGAAAAUGCAAGGCUGUACCUCCACGCAGAGGGAGCGCGGAAGGGGGGCUGGGUGGCAAAGAUAAAUGACGCUGACCAAUGGCUUCAAGCAGACCUAGGGCCCGUCACGAAAGUUAACAUUAUUGCCACCCAAGGAAGACAAGAUGAUAGACAGUGGGUAAAGAGUUAUUCUGUGUCAUUCUCUCAAGAUGGAAUUUUUUGGGAGGAUUAUAGACAGAGAAACAGAACGACGAUAUUUUCUGGGAACUCUGACAGUCAUUCUGUCGUGCAUCAAGUACUUAAUCCUCCUGUCUACGCCAGACACAUAAGAAUCCAUCCAAGGAAAUGGCAUCAGAACAUAGCAAUGAGGAUGGAGUUUUAUGGAUGUAGAUCUGGAUUUGCUAUGCCACCAAGUCCUUCAUGCGUGCAACCGCUGGGCAUGAUGACUGGGUCUAUCCAUAAUGCACAUAUCACAGCAUCAUCGUACCAUGAUCAGCAGACUCAACCUUUCUAUGCGCGGCUGAGGAUGCCUGUCAGUUCAUGGACGGCGAAGACCAAUGAUGUCGGUCAAUGGCUGAGAGUUAAUCUUGAUCGCGUCACCAAGGUAACCAGGAUAGCAACCCAGGGCUCCUUUAACACUGACCAGUGGGUAACGUCGUACACACUUGAGUACAGUCUUGAUGGUGGUCACUACUACAAGUAUUGGUAUGGUCGCGUGUUUAAAGGAAAUGACGACAGGAAAUCUAUAUCAGGCCACGUUUUACAACCUAUUUUGAUCACAAAGUAUCUCCGGUUACAACCAAAGACUUGGCACGGUGCUAUAUCGUUAAGAAUGGAGUUGUACGGCUGUCAAUCAGAAUUCACUCCUCCGUCUCCAGAAGAAUGCAUGAAAGCGUUUGGACUCGAAAACGGUGACGUCAUCGACGCGCAAAUCACAGCCUCGUCCCAAUUAACCGCCACAUCCGGGCCAUCACAGGCCAGAUUACAUCUGCAUCCGGGACCUGGCAAAGCUGGAGGGUGGGUCGCGAAAGAUUCGAACAAAGAUCAAUGGCUGGCGGUAGAUUUUCUACGAAUCGUCAAAAUAAGUCGCAUUUCUAGCCAAGGCCGGCAGGAUGAGGACCAAUGGGUGACAAGUUAUGGGAUAGAGCACAGCAAAGAUGGAAUUUCGUAUAAAGCGUACCAAGACGAUAAGGGAAGAGAAAAGAUAUUAGUUGGAAACGUUGACCGAUAUGAAGUUGUUAGUCAUGUGCUAAAUCCACCAAUCACUGCACGGUAUAUUCGUAUUGUUCCCAAGACAUGGUAUGGCCGUAUUGCUAUGAGACUUGACUUUUAUGGCUGCAUUCCUGGAGAAACUCCAGUACGUCCACCAAUCAAUCCACCUACUCAUCCGCCAAUCAAUCCACCUACCCAUCCACCAAUCAAUCCACCUACCCAUCCACCAAUACAUCCACCUACCCAUCCACCAAUACAUCCACCAACCACUAUUCCACAAACCUGCGCAACCAACAUCGACUUAGGAAUCCUUCUAGACCGUUCCGGAGACGUUUCCUACCAAGAUUUCCAAAAAGCUAAACAAUUCGUGGCCAAACUUGUGAACAAGUUUCAUGUGUCUUCUUACGGAACACGCGUCGGUGUCAUCCCCUACAGUUACUAUGCAAGAGGCCUUCUGAAAUUUGCAGAUACGUACUACCAAAAUCCUUCUUCAGUCAAAAGACUGGUGUCUGGAAUCUCGUAUGCCUCUGGUCCCACUCGUACCGACAAGGCAUUGAUUGAAGCUAACAAUUUUCUGUUUUCCCAUGCGGGAGGUGAUCGGCCAGGAAUCCCUAACGUGUUGUUGGUCAUCACCAAUGGCAAUUCAAGUCCUUAUAAUAUUCCAUAUUCAGUGGUGCUCCAUCCUUUGAACAGCAAAGCUGUAAAGGUGAUAUCUGUUGGAAUGUCUACUGGUAAACAGAUGCCUGGUCUACUAAAUAUUGCUGGACACCAACAUCAGAAUGUCUUGGGUAUUGAUGAUCUAAAUGCUGUGGUCUCUGCUGCGUGUUCUAAAGUACCAACACUAGCACCUCGGCCAUUAGGUUGUCCUGGUGGCUGGCAUCCCUUCCGCUCCAACUGCUACUUUUUCCAUCAUGAUAAUCGGGGCUACAGUAACUGGUACGCCUCUAAAGAAAGGUGCCGAACACUUGGCGGCAAUUUACUGGACAUCCAGGACAACAACGAAUGGUUGUUCGUUAAAAGUCAUCUACAACCUGGACCUAGUGCUUAUGGCGUUCCUAAACAGUAUUUCAUUGGAAUGAAUGACAACCAUUGGGAGGGACACUGGCUGUGGCAGGAUGGCUCUCCGGUUUAUUUCUUUAAGUGGGCCGGUGGCGAACCUGAUGGGGGUCAUCAUGAAAACUGUGGGACAAUGCACGCUAACGAUGGUUUCUAUGGUGACACUGCUUGUACAUUUCAUCAUGGGAGGUUCAUCUGUAAGAGGCCUAUGACGUCAUAAGAGUAAUGACAACAACAAAAGAUGUUAAUGCUCACAAACAGUGUUGGGAUUGGUUAAUUUAUUCAUCUCAUUUCAUGAGUAAAAGACCAAUAAACUCGCGAUCAUUAUCAAACACA